AUGGUCGACGCUGUGCCUGACUUUACGCUAGAAGCACAUGACGUUUCCUCCUUGUCUAUGCUCCCUUUCGAUGUCUUCCCAGAUGGAGAGGACCGAUUCUUGGAUAGCCACAUAUUUGCACCGCCAGCCAACUCUAUCCAGCUCGCCGGCCUCACAUUAGACGUUGACUUGACCGCUUGUUUGGGCCAGACAUCGGCCUGGAGUACUAGUAUUACGGACCAAGGCCUGUCCACAUGGAACCAGAAUCAUCUUUCCACUACGCCUUUGGCCCCGGGUAUACCGCAAUCGCCACGCUGGACCGAAGGCCCGGACGCGAACUUGGCGCUGAUAGAAAGCUGGUUUGAACAAGUCUGUCCAGCUUGGUCUGCAUUUGACUCUACGGUGAAUCUGAAUCGAACAUUGGCCAAUUCAUUGUGGCACCGCUCGGCGUCCGUGUUCAACUCCCUCCAGAGCAUGUCGGCUAGCUUUCUUUCCGCCAGACUCCCCCAUCUCAGGCGACAGGCACUGGCUCUGCUCAAUACCGCCAGUGUUUGUGUGCAGGCUGAGAUGGAUAACAUCAAAGGCAAUCCUAGCAUAGAAACGUUCCCUACUGGACUAAUGUUCUCUCUGCUCUGCUUGGGAACGUCCGUCUGCUGGCUGGACGCCCGUCUUCUCGGGUUGCCGUUCCUCAAGGAGGCAAAGGCUCUGCUUGGGCGUCUGUCAGAUCAGUGUCUUGACACUCGAGACGAUGCGGCACAAGACUUCCUCUUCUUCAGAAACAGCCUUGUGUACUGGGAAAUGCUACUCGCCGUGGUGAAUGGCGGCGAUAUAGCAGGUGACACGGAUGAGCUUGUAUCUCGGGAGCGCAACAAGAGCGAAACAAUCACGGACUUGCUGCCGCAUCCUUGGACAGGCAUAUCCAGCAUGACGGCACGUUUGUUCUCCAGAUCUGUCACGCUAUGUAGGGCCUAUCGCCGAAUACUUACCAGGCCCACCGGGAGGGUGAUUUCCCUUUCUGCAGCAAUGGAGGCCUUUCAGGGCGCUCAAAAACUCGAAGAGCAGCUCCUAGCAUUGGACUACUCAUCGAUGAGCAGGAUGAACGAUACUGGUGAUCAAAAAACACCAUGGCUCCAUCUCGCCUGUGCUGCCGAAGCUUAUCAACUCUCUGCCUUGCUUCAACUGUACAUCACCUUCCCGGACCUGGUGUCAAUGCGCUUGCAACUUGCAUCAGCCCUUCCCGACGAGGACCACGCUUCUUGGGAUAAACUCAUUACCCCCUUGGCAUGUGACCUUGUCAAAGUACUGAAAAAAAUCCCCCCAGACUCUGGCAGCCGAGUUAUCCAGCCCAUUCUUUACAUCUGUGCUAGUACCGGCCUGAGAUAUGGCCGAUUGGAUACACCAGCACCGUCGGCUCCCCAUGGUUUAGAAACAGGGAUACCUAAUGGAGCAGCGUACUUGGACUGCAUCAACUCCAAUAUUCUAGACUACGUCGAUGGAAUCGUUGCAACAAGUGACAAACAAACAGACUCUAGUCGAGUACCGUUGGAAGAUGUAGGCAUUGGCGCCUCUCGCGAGUUCAUUAUGAAACGUUUAGAUAUACUCGAGAACACUUUACAGCCGCGACCAAUCAGAGUUGCCAAAGACCUGGUGAAGGCUAUUUGGACCGCCUAUGAUGGAGAGCCUCCUGAUUGUAUCUCAGUUCAUUGGUUUGAUGUCAUGGAAGCACAUGAUUUGCGAUCAUUAUUUGGAUGA